AGUAAAUGCAAAAGUAGCAUGGAUUUAUUUCCGGUGACGUCAGCUCUUGCCUUGACGCUUCACGCGGGAAACGGCGAGGUCUCCUCAUCACAUUUACACUGAGCAUCACUUCUUGCAGAGGCAGAGAUGGGAGACACGCUGGAGUUCAACGAGAUCUACCAUGAAUCCAAGGGGUCCUGGAACGACGGUCGUCUGCGGUUCAGUAAGCAGAAUGUGGUGUAUAAGAGCAGUAAGACCGGGAAGGUGGACAACAUCCCGGCAGCAGAGCUGUCUGUGGCCACAUGGAGGCGUGUGUGUCUGGGACACGGCAUCAAACUGGCAACCAGCAACGGCCAUGUCUACAAAUACGACGGCUUCAGAGACACGGAUUAUGAGAGGAUCUCUGAGUUCUUCAAGGCCAACUACAAGGUGGAGCUGACAGAGAAAGAUAUGUGCGUGAAGGGCUGGAACUGGGGCACUGCUAAAUUCUCUGGUCCAUUGCUGUCGUUUGACGUGAAUGACAGCUCCGUGUUUGAGAUCCCCCUGGCCAGCGUGUCCCAGUGCGCCACAGGGAAGAACGAGGUGACGCUGGAGUUCCACCAGAACGAUGACGCUGAGGUCUCUCUCAUGGAGGUCCGUUUCUACGUCCCCCCCGGCCCCGCAGACGAGGGGACAGACCCCGUGGAGGCGUUUGCCCAGAACGUGCGGUCUAAGGCAGAUGUGAUCCAGGCUACAGGAGAUGCUGUGUGUGUCUUCAAGGAGCUGCAGUGCCUCACACCCAGGGGCAGGUAUGAUAUCCUCAUAUACCCUGCCUUCCUUCACCUCCACGGUAAGACGUUUGACUACAAGAUACCCUACACCACCGUGCUGCGUCUCUUCCUGCUACCAAGCAAGGACCAGAGACAGAUGUUCUUCGUUAUCAGUCUGGACCCGCCCAUUAAGCAGGGACAGACGCGUUACCACUUCCUCAUCCUGCACUUCUCUAAGGAGGAGGAGCUGAAGCUUACCCUCAACAUGAGCGAGGAGGAGGUGGAAAAGCGUUAUGAAGGGAAGCUCAGCAAGAAUAUGUCAGGUUCUCUCUAUGAGAUGGUCAGCAGGGUGAUGAAGGCUCUGGUCAACAGGAAGAUCACCGUGCCCGGAAACUUCCAGGGUAACACCCCUGGGGCCCAGUGUAUAACGUGUUCCUACAAGGCCCAGUCCGGCCUGCUCUACCCGCUGGAGCGGGGCUUCAUCUACGUCCACAAGCCCCCAGUGCACCUGCGCUUCGAGGAGAUCUCCAGUGUCAACUUCGCCAGAGGCACCACCACAACGCGCUCCUUCGACUUCGAGGUGGAGACCAAGCAGGGGAACCAGUUCACCUUCAGCAGCAUAGAGAGGGAAGAGUACGGGAAGCUGUUUGACUUUGUAAACGCCAAGAAACUCCACAUCAAGAACCGAGGGUUCAAGGAGAAGAAGGCUAAGAACAACGAGUACAGUGACUCAGACGACGAUCAGCACGAUGCCUACCUGGAGAGGAUGAAAGCCGAGGGCAAGAUCAGAGAGGAGGGAGACGGCAGCAACGACUCAGACGAAGAGACCGAUGAGUCUUUCAACCCUGGAGAGGAGAGUGAUGUCGCUGAGGAGUAUGACAGUAACGCGUCGGAGAGCGACAGCGGCAGCGCAGGGGAUGGCAGCGAUGAUGAGGGAAAGAAGAAGAAACCUGCAAAGAAGGCCAAAGUAGUGAAAGAGAAGAAGGAGAGGAAACCACGCAGAGAGAAGAAGCAGAAGGACACUAACGCCCCCAAGAGGCCGAUGAGUUCCUACAUGCUGUGGCUCAACGCCAGCCGCGAGCGCAUCAAGUCGGAAAACCCCGGAAUCUCCAUCACAGAGAUCUCCAAGAAGGCAGGAGAGAUGUGGAAACAGAUAGGGAAGGAGGACAAAGAGGAAUGGGACGGGAAAGCAGAGGAGGCUAAAAAGACCUAUGAGAAAGCCAUGAAGGAAUACAGAGAGAGUGGUGGAGGCUCCUCCACACCAGCCAAGAAAGUUCCAUUUCUCUCCAUCAGGGAGAGCAAGAAGAAGGCGGGAGGCAAGAAGGAGGACAAGAAGAGGAAGUCUGGUGGAGGAGAGAAAGAAAAGGAGCAAGGAGGGAACGACAGCUUUAAGAGCCGAGAGUUUAUCUCCAGCGAGGAGAGUUCAUCUGACGGUGAACGCAAGAAAGCCAAGAAAGCCAAGAAGGCCAAAGGCAAACCCCAGAGCAGGGGCAAGGAGUCUGAGGAGGAAGAAGAGGAAGCAAUGACCACACCCCCCAGCUCUGCAGAGGACUCUGACUGAGGAGAGGGGGAGGAGCCUCGCUGGACCUGCUGAAGACAUAGCAACGAAUGGGGAACAUUUGGACAAGUUUACUCAGUAACCGGUGCACGAAGAAACGCAGAUCAUAUCAUACACACACACUAAGCGUUAAAUGGACCAAUAAUUUGUACUCCCGCUAUGAUGUCCUACACAUUCUCUGAAAGUGAAUACCUCUUGCUGUGCUGACAGACUAUUUGUUUUCCUGAUGCUAAAUAGAGGGUUUAUCAACAGACUAAGUCCGAUCUAUCCAACAGCAUAUUAUGUACUACAUUACCCAUGAUUUUACUGGGUUCUAUUCUAUUCGCCCCAUGGGGGUGGUUGUAGUUUAAUAGCACUGAGACAUGCAGAGGGGUCUUCAGUCUUGAGUUUUUAAACUGUUUAGAGAAAUUAAGAACUGCAAUUCUGUGCGUUUUUGUUUAUUUGCCAUGUCAAGUUUGUCUUUUUCAAAGUGAAAGAAUAAAUCUUUUUUUAAUAAAAUGUGA